AUGCCCGACCGAACACUACACCGCAUGCCUGCCGCGGCAGCCGGCGAGGCCGGGGCGGCGGAGCGUGGCCACCCGCUGGGCGCGCGGGUGCGGGCCAGAGGCCGCGGAGGCAGGGACCGGCAGGCGCCAGUGCCACCGCGGCGGGCGCCGAGAGGAGCAGGAGGCUCGGAGGAGGAGCAGGCGCUGGACUCUGCCGCCCUGCGGGGCCCCCCCCCUCGAGCUCGUGCCGGCGAGGGCCGCGCCGACCGCGCGGGAGGUCGGCCGCCCCCGUGCGAGAGGGCGCGCUCCCCCCGCGCCGCUCGGGGCGGGGCCGGCGCCCGUCUGCCUUCGGAAGCGCGAGGGAGCUUCUGCUCACCCGCGGCUCCGACCUCGCCGUGGUCAUCGGCUGGUCGGGCGCCGCAGGCGGGGGCGACUCCGCCGCGGCGGCGCGGGUGCUGUUAG